AUGCAGGUCUAUGGACUGCCUUGCGGGAGCGGCUUCGACCACAACAUCAAGGUCAGGCAAGGGAACAAGUUUCUCUCAACAGGAGCAAAAUCAGAUGGCGACCGCCACCAACGGAUACAUUUAAAUGCAAUGUGCCGGAGGAAUCACCGUUGUCGUUUUGUUCAAGCUUUUGUUGAUUAUAAAUUAUUUUUUCCACAAGUACAUCAAAGAGAGAUAUUGGCUUUGUUAGCAGCACUCAAGUGGCCAAAAAAUAUUGAAUUACACUGCCAGAGUUGUGUGGUGGUGGAAAAUGGCAUACUAAAAGUCACCUUAUCAAAUCCUGGGGGAAUUGUGACUGGAAUACAGUACAAUGACAUCGACAACUUGCUUGAAGUUUUGAAUGAAGAAUCUAAUAGAGGGUAUUGGGACCUUGUUUGGAGCUCACCGACAAGUACAGGAACCAGUGGUACAUUCGAUGUCAUCAAAGGAACAUCAUUCCAAGUUAUGGUUGAAAAUGAGGACCAAGUUGAGUUAUCCUUCACCAGGACAUGGGACGUCUCUCUUGAGGGCAAGUUGGUUCCUUUAAAUAUCGACAAAAGGUUCAUAAUGCUUCGUGGUUGUUCGGGGUUCUACUCCUAUGCAAUUUAUGAGCACUUAGAGGAGUGGCCUGCUUUCAAUCUUGACGAAACAAGAAUUGCUUUCAAGCUUAGAAAAGACAAGUAG